AUGGCUGAAUCGGAUGGUGAUAUAGAGUUUUUAGAUGAAGAUGCAGAUAUCGUUCAACAAUGCGUUCAAGCAGUACCCAUACAAGUUCCACAUUUAGUGCCCCGCGUCGAACAGAAGUUAACCCCACUGCUGGUUGAACGCCAGCCGGCUGAACGUAAACGAAAAAGGAGGAAAGACGAUGAAGAUUCUGACUACGAUCCUAGAAAUGACUUCGUUCCAGCCAGCCCACCGAGUACGAAAGGCAAGAAGAAAAAACAAAACAUGGUCAAAAAUAAAGUGAAAACGUAUCACCCGAAAGAGCCUGUAAACACUUCAAAAGUAGGUUCUGCUAAAAAGAUGAAGUAUCUACCUCUUAAAGAUCCUACAAUAGAUCGAAAACUAUAUCAAAUAAGGAUCCCAGAUUAUGACGAUCCAUUAUGCUUGCCAGUUAAAGCUAUUAAAAAUGAGGAAUCUGAUGAAAAGAGGUUGAAUAACUGGAAUAAUGUGUGUUUGGAGCAUUUCAAACAUUGUGACAACUUGCUGAAGCCAGAGAGAGGGGACACUUUCAGUUCUACUAGAACAGUGGUGUUCCGCAAUGUUCCGAACAAACAAACAGGAAAACCAGAAACAACAAUAUGGAGUAAGACAUCCGUUGAAAACGAGGAUGGCGAUAAGAAGUCUGAAAUCUUCCAGUGCGUACUUCCUCGGUACAAGGAGAAGAAAGUACUGACCACAUUUGGAUUGUCUACACGAAGACACAAAGCGUAUCAUAUCACGGAUGAGGUGAUUCUAAGUAAAGAAGAGACUAAGGAUGGAGAUCUCCUUGUUGCGUACAAACCAAAAGAAUCAUCUUCAGCUGUGUAUAAAUUGAUAACUGCAAGAGACAGAAAAUCAUCAGAAACGAAGGAUGAAUCGGAGGAGAAAGAUGAUGAUGAAGACGUGAAGAUGUACAUGAAGGAGCUAGCAUACUGCAAGAUGUGUGCACCUUGCUUCCAAACCUCCUGGCGGGGAGUCAAGAAGAACACUAAGAAGAGCAUUGCCUGCCCCAUAUGUGCUCGUUCAUUCGUGACCGUGUACAACCUACUGGCUCACUUCAAGACGCAUACCUCUGAAGAUAUACAGAAGUAUAAAACUGUCAUAUCUUCUAUUUUGGCUGAGAUAGUGGACUAUCACUACAAGUGCCGCGUGUGUCAGGACCAGUUCAUCAGUAUAAAGAAGUUGAGGGAACAUGUCGCUACUCAUCAAGGGAAUGAACUGUUCAGAUGUGAAAUCGGCAACCAUAUGGCGAGAUAG